AUGCCAGGAAAGCCAGGUAUGCCUGGGUUUGAUGGAGAACCUGGAGUUGUCGGUGAUCCCGGCUUAACUGGUGUUGAUGCUAUAUAUUGUCCUUGUCCAAAGCGUGCAUCUCAUUAUGAGCAAUUGAAAUUAAUGUCAAAAAACCUUGCCGUUAUCACUGUCACCAGGAAAAUUGAAGUCGCCGACGGUCAUCAUCAAACAGAUCCAGAUAGCCAAACUCACAAAGAAGAAAUAAGAACAAUCGCUUUGAAGCUCUGUAGAGAAAUCGAACUUCUCAAGAGAAAGCAAUUGAGAAGUUGA